GGCAACCAUCGAUUCAAGUUCCAGCUCUAGACUGUGGCCACACACGCGUUUUUUCCCAAAUCGUGCUUUUUUUGGUGGAAUUUCGUUUGUUACAAAUCGGCGUUGCAUUAUUUUCGCACAGCCAUCGAAAAAGUGAGCGCGGCCACGAAACAGAAUUGAAGUUGCGAACAAGUGCGUGUAUUCGCCAGCAGGAAAAUGCCAAAAUUCGUACCGAUUCGCAGCACGCGUGUGUGUGUGUGAGAAGAGUGAAGAAGAGGAGCGAAGAAUUGCGAAAGCAGUGUGUGCAAGGCGGAAGAAGCACAAAGACAAAAGGGAGGCGAUAAAAAAUCGGACAGGCGGCGCUGCUGUCCGGCGAUCGAAAAUAAAAAAAAGAAAAAGAAACGGAAGGCAGGAACAAAACAAGGCGGCAGCGGCAUGCAGGAGAGCGGUAAGGCGGGCCAGUCCGAACGAAAACGAAGAAACCCAAACGCAAACGCUUUGCCCGUAUUUGGUACAAAAUCCCUUUUCCCGCCUCUACCUUUCCAGUGCCCAGCAUUUAUCCAGUGUGCGUAGUCGUCGAGGUGGUGGCCAAAGCCAAAGCCAAUGUGAAUGCUGCUGUUAGUUUGUGGCGCCAAAAGGAAUAGUUUUUAAAUAUAUCGCCGCGUGUGUGAAAUCUCGGCGAAACACAAAAAUAAAGAAUAAAAAAAAACCACGACGGCGUGCGUAAGCGCACUCACACUCUCGCACACGCACAGACAGAGAGAGAGCGAGAGAGAGGCAGAGAGUACGAGUAAGAGCGAGUGAGCGAGCACUACACACACACACACAAACUCGCUGGCAGGAAUUGCAACAGUGUGUGCUCCUUUUUUUUUUCUUUACUUACGUUUUGUUGUUGUGUGUGCGGCGGCGCUUCUUUUUGGCUUUUCGUGUCUCUCUUUUGUGCCGUUGCUUCGCCGGCUAAAAAGGAAAACCGAAAUUUGAAAUUGGCAUAAUGGAGGAUGGACAGGAGCAAAGGGAAUCCUCGCAAGCGGAAUUGGCCAAGCUGCAUCCGAUGACGCCGCUAAAGGAGUUACCCGAGGAAGAAGAGGAGGAGGACGAAUCCUCGGCGGGAGGCUUGCAGUCCGGCGGCGGCAAUAACAACAACUCCAUCAUGGGCAAGAUGAAGAUGCGCGUAUCCAGCAUUCUGCCCGCCUCCUUCAGCGGCUGGUUCUCGCCCUCAUCCAAAGGCGGCCCCGAAUCCCCCUCCGCCUCAUCCUCCUCAGCUAAUCUUCGCCAGCCACAGCCACGCCAGUCCAACGGACGCUCCAUCACGAAGCGGAAACGUGGACGUCGUCGCAUCAUGCUAGCCGAAGCGGAUGUGGAUGCUGCCGACGAUCUGGACGACGGCACCGAUGCCAAAGGGCUUAACUACGAGGAGGUGGCCCUGGCCGACAAUAUAGCCGAGCACGACCUGGCCGCCGAGGAUGAGCAGACGCGGCGUAGCGAGUACAAUGUCUUCCUGCUGCGCAAGCGACGCGAGGCGGUUGCCGCUGCCGGCGGCGACGAGGAUGAGGCCGAGGAGGAUGAACUGGAGGAGGAGGAGGACGAAGGCGACGAGGAGGAUGACGACGAGGAGCAGGACAAUCUCCUACAGGCCGCCGCAGUGCAGCCCAAGCGUCGGCGUCUGGAGCUGGAGACCACUGUCAACUUGCCCAACAUGCGUCGUCUGCCCUUGUUGUCAUCCACGCCUGCUGCCCCACUCGUGGCUGCCACCAGCUCCUCCGCCUCCCAGAUGGCGGGAUCCAGGAUAGGCAGCCAGUUGGCUCCACACCGGCGCAACCACCUCAAUUUGUAUGGCAAUCUACGGCAGCGUGAACCCGCCUACAACUUUUUCACUGGCAACGAAGCCGCCGAGGGCAGCACCGGGGAUCUGCCGCACAGCAUCCGCCGUUCGCUGAACAUACCUUUCGGAGGCACCGCCACCAGCCACAACAGCCUCUCCAGCCUUUCUAACCACAAGCGACCCUCACUUCUGGGCCAGCGAACCCAUCGCCGUGACCUCACCAUGGACGAGACGGGAGCUGGACUGGGCCUGGGCUCGAUAUCCAAUGCCGAUGGAGAUCGCCUCGAUCAUUUGCUGAGGAUCAGCAAGACCAACAACAACAUUAGCAACAAUAAUAAUAAUAACAAUAAUGUCAUCAAGUCAAAGUCAAGACGAACUGAACUGCCAGCGGUUGCUGGCGGAGAUUCGCAAUCCGAGAGCGAUGUGAACGAUUACCACGACAAUGGCGAGGGCCACGAUGGACUAAGGCCCGCACAUCAUAACAGCAACAGCAAUCUGGAGUUCUACGGCAAUCUGCAGAGCACCAAGUCGAUAUUUAACAGGAGCAAUGCCACCGCACAGCCAUCGCAUCGGAAUUCAACGUGGUCCCUGAAUUCCCUGAACCAGCGACGACGCUUUAAUGCCUCCAUAUACGGCAGCACCUCGGCGCUGAGUGACAGUCGCCUGCUAAGCCGCAGUGCCUCAACCUCCGGCUCUGCGUCUGCCUCCAGCUCACCCUUUUACCAGGGACGCACCACCUUUGGCGGCAAUUCCGCGAACAAUCGCAUCUUCAGUCGCAGCAAUCUGAGCUCCUCCGCCGCAUCCUCCACGUUGGCCAUUAAUUCUGCCGGAAGUUCACCGGCGCAUCCGCUGCAGGGUUCCCUGACCGGUGGCAUUGGAUACGGCAUGAAAGCGGUGGAUAUGCGACCUUCCGAUGGCGGUAACGUUUCGGAAACCACUGUGGAUCAAAGUGGCAGCAAGAAGUCCGGCUCCGGCCUGUCGAACACCACGCUGCGCAUCCUCAACCUGCUGGACAGCUACUCCACGCCAUUGAUCGAUGCCAAGCGCAUGGGCAGUACCCUCAAGGAGCACCAAAGCAGUCGCCAGCAGCGUCAAGCUACUCCGGCCACGCCGUAUCCGCGUCCCUCGUAUCCCCUGAACGCCAGUCGGCCCACUUCAGUGCCCAGUCUGGCUACCGAGUUAUCGGAACUGCGCUCUAACAAACUGCUGGUGCCAACAAUGCAGCAGCUCCUGGAACGCCGGCGACUGCACCGCGUUACCCAGAACUCGCGAGACGUGGUGCAAAGCCAGAUCACUCGUCCUCGCACGGAGAACAACCAAGAGAAGCAAGCCAAUCAAGCAACAACAACAACCACAGCAGCAACAACACCUUAUGUUGCUCCAGUGGAUCAGCCCAGCAGCCAUAGUCAUCACACAAACAAGAUGCGUUCGCGACUCUCACAUCAGACGCGCAACAAAGAGCCACGCGCGGAACUGGACGAGGCACCCCUGCCGCUGGAUCUGCCCCAGAUCAGUUUCCCAGACAUGGCCAGUGCUCCAAAGUUCGACUUGGUCAUCAAACCGACUGUGCCAGUUGUCUCAAAACCAGCUCCCGUUGCCCCAAUCAUCAGUAAUAAGAGCAAUAGCAACGUUUAUACGAACUCCAAGCAGCUGCCCAACUUCCUGGCCAAUCCGCAGCCAACGGCUCCCAUUGUAAACUUUUCGGCCAAUGGAAACGUUACGGCAGUCAGUAAACCAGCGGGACGCACAUUUAACUUCUCGGAGCCCAUACCUUUGUCGAAUUCGCAACAGAACUGCGUCGCCAAAUCGGAUAUCAGGCGCAAGUACUCCUUCCCGGCACCAGCUUCACUCGAUGAGCUGCAGCAAGUGUCAGUGGAGCCACCUAAGAAUACCACGCAGGGAUUCGGAGAGCAGUUUAAAAAGUCAUCAAAGGAGUGGGAGUGCGAUGUGUGCAUGGUGCGCAACAAGGCGGAGGUCAGUAAAUGUGUGGCCUGUGAGACGGCCAAACCGGGAGCAACUGCAGCUCAUGCUGCUCCCGUCCAGGCAGCACCAAUCACGACAGCUAUUGUGCCACUGGGUGGUGGCUUUGGAGACCGCUUUAAGAAAUCCUCGUCAGCCUGGGAGUGCGACGCCUGUAUGCUGUCCAACAAGGCGGAGGCCAGCAAGUGCAUUGCCUGCGAAACACCGCGAAAAACAGCGUCGCCAAAGGUUAACAACUUCCCGCUGAUCGCCAACAAUCUGGCGUCUAGUGGAUCCGGUUUUGGUAUGGCAUUUAAGCCAAAGGCCAACACGUGGGAGUGCCAGACGUGCCUGGUAAUGAACAAUUCUAGCGCCGCCGAGUGCGUCGCCUGCCAGACGCCCAAUGCACAAGCGAAAAGCACAAGGAACGAAGCCGCCCGGAGUCCAUCCGCGUCGUCAUCUUCCUCCUCAUCAUCGUCCUCUGGGUCAUCAUCCGGUUCAUCCUCUGGAUCAUCCGCUGCAACAUCAGGCGGAUCAUCGCCGGGUAUCAUCAGCAUUGCAUCCUCGAGCGACAGCUCUCAGAAUGGCUACAGACCAGCAUCAGCAGCCGAGGCGCCCAAGCAGGAUUCUGGAUUCAAGCAGCUGGUGGCAGCACAAAAGGCAGCCAGUUGGGACUGCGAUGCGUGCAUGGCCCAGAAUGAUAUGUCACGAGUUAAAUGCAUCUGCUGCGAGCAACUGAAGCCGGGAGCAGCGAGCUCUGCCCCCACAACAUCCGCAAACUCGGCUUCCUCCGGCAGCAGCGGCUCGGCGAACUCGUCCGCCAGUUCGGUGCCUAAAUUUAGCUUUGGAUUUGGAGCGGUGAAGGAAGUUGUCAAGAUACCCGUGGAAGUGAAACCGGCACCGCCCACAGCCACUGGUACAUUUAGCUUUGGAUUCCCGACGAACAACACUCAGGGUAAGGAUGUGGCGGACAGCAAAAAGACGGAACCCACGAAGACCUUUGCGUUUGGCGUUAACAAAGUGGAACAGCCCAAGACGGUGAGCUUUAAGGCGGACGCCAAGGAAACCCAAGCCACUUCCAGCACGGAAACAACAGCUUCAACUGCAGCUCCAGCCCUCCAGUUUGUAUUCAAGGCCCCAACUACGGCGACCACGGCCAGCUCAAUCACUACCAGCACUACCAACAGCAGCAGCACCACCACAACCACCCCCAGCACGACUCCUGCUUUGGGUGGCUUUAGCUUUGGUGCUCCAUCAUCAUCCUCGACCGUGUCCAGUUCCACGGCCAGCACUAGUGCGAACCCCACGGCUGUCAAGCCCAUGUUCAGCUUUUCGGGAGCCGGCAGUGCCGUGAGCAGCACCAGUAGCCAGCUGCCCACGCCCAAGUCGGCCACUCUGAGCUUUGGUGUUUCCUCGAAUGCCAUUACAACAACGACGACCUCUACCACAGCCUUUGCCCUAACACCGGCAGCAGCUCCAGCUCCAGCGCCAGCGGCGGCCACCUCAGCACCUGCUCCAGCGGUCAAUUUUAGCUUUGGGAGUCAGGCAAAACCGGCGGCCACUUCAAGUGCUGGAACGUUCUUCUUUGGCCAGACACCAGCUGCCCCGGCAGCGAUGCCAGCCAACACCAACGUGAGCUCCAUCUUUGGGGCAGCGGUGAGCACCACGACCAGCUCCAGUUCGAGUUCCAACUUGAGUGUCACCACCAGCACGGCCAAUGCCAUUGCUCCAAGCUUUGCGCCCACCUCGACCCCGCAGCUCUUUGGCAGCUGGGGUGAAAAGAAGGCGGAGACCACGACCAGCAGCGCGGCCAAGGCAUUCGCCUUUGGAUCGCCAGCCGGAUCGGGAACGACGACCACACCCAGCUUUGGCUGGUCCAGCAAUGGAGCCGCGGCGAAGAGCAACAGCAUUGCGAUCACCAGUGCGGCGGUCUCCUCAUCCUCGGCCUCCACGAUGGCCACGCCAGUCUUUGGCGGCAGUUCCAUGUUUGGAGCCGGCAGCAGCACCACCAGCACCAGUAGCUCACCCUUCGGAUCGACGGCGACAACGGCCGCAGCCACACCGGCGGCAGCUAGUUUGGGUGGCAACGGAGCCCUCGCUGGCGUCUUUGGGAAUGUGGGCAACUCUCUGGUGGCACCGGGAGCACCAGCUGCCACCACGCCCGCUGCUUCAGCCGCUGCACCGCUGGCCAACAUCUUUGGCAAUCCCACGCCCAUUGCGGCGGCUGCGCCUGUUUUUGGUAGCGGCAGCAGCACCAGCGGAGGAUUCGGAGCAGCUGCAGCAGCGGCGGCGGCCUCAACAGCGCCACCAGCAUCGAAGAUAGCAUUUAACUUUGGCGGAGCAGCCGCAGCCACGCCAGCUCCCUCAAGUGCACCAUUUAAAUUUGGAAGCACCACCAACGAGCCGGCGGCCAAACCUGCGUUCAACUUUACAGGCUCCACGGCGAGCUCGACUCCUCAGGCGGCCACCUUCAACUUCACGGCCAAUCCGGCGGCCACCAGUCUUUCCGGCGGCGAUGCGCAGCCGCGCAUCUUCCAAUUUGGUAAUCCGUUGGCGGCGGUUGAUAACCAGGCCAGUGGAGCGGGAGGAGCCAACUCCUCCGCCGGCAUGUUCAAUUUUAGCGCCGCGGCGCCGCUGAUGCAGUCAACGCCGAAUGCCAAUGCACCGUUCCAAUUUAGCGCCGGUUCCCCAGCGCCAGCCAAUAUAUUUGCCUUCAAUCCGCCAGCAGCCGGCAAUUCGGCGCAGAAUUCGCAGAUGGCUCGUCGCAAGAUUCGGAAUCCAGUGCGCCGCCUGCCGCCCCGGUAGAAAUGGCAUCGCAGUCGGCCGUCGAGAUAGCAAAUGCAUCUGCUGAGGCCGCCAUCGGAUUAGGAUUAGGAUUGGGGGUGCCAGUGGGAGGAGGAGCAGAAGGAGGACAACAA